AUGCCUACUGCGAACCCGCUGUCUAGUCCUCUUCAGUGUUUGGGUGGAUGCGCGCUCGUCACACCCAGCGAUCUUGUGCCCCGACUGUUUGCGAGCAGUAGCUCUCGACUCUCCUCGAUCCGAUGGCCUCGAGACCAUCACGGUACCCGAGACAGCACUAGUGCAGCGCGGUAUAAAAGCUGGCCAGAUACAGCCUACCGGUCCUCAGCAACGCCAGUCACCCACUCGCAGCGCUACCCACCUUAUGUAUUAAUGGACGCCUUCACCACCAUCCUCUCUCACUUUGCCUCUACGGAGGAGAAGCCGCGCGCAGACACACCCGUCGAGUCCGACAACGGUAACGGCUCUAACGGCGGCGGAUGCACCGUUGCGCAGAAGCCCGUUGUCGACGCGCCCGUUGACGCCGACAACGGCAACGGCUCGAACGGCGGAGGAUGUAUCGUCGCCUGA